ACAAGCAAAUCCCCACCUGUCUCUCUCACACAAACUGAAAUUGAAUGACAUCCAUCUGCUUCUCUUUAACCUUUCAGAACAGCGGAAGGAGAUCCCGGAACAAAAAGUCAACACCCACCGCACAGCUCCCCUUGUUCAGUUCUCCACUUGCUUCGUUGUUGUUCCUGUCAUGCGCAAAGACUUGUUUGUUUCGUGAGCCUUUGUGGAAAUCUCGGCAGCUUUAAGGCCUGCUACUGGUGCAGCUUCUACUCUUGUGGAGCAAGGAGGCUGCGAAGGCUACUCUUGCUGGUUCCUGAUUGAUUUCGGGAAACCAGGUAAGAUUUGAAGAGAGGAGAGAAGAAAUGGAGGAUUCGGGCAAGCCUUCGCUCCAUGUUGAGUCCUCAGCCGCGGAGGGCAGCCACUUCAAGCUGCCGGUGGACUCGGAGCAGAAGGCCACGGAGUUCUGGCUCUUCUCCUUCGCGAAACCUCACAUGCGGGCCUUCCACCUCUCAUGGUUCUCCUUCUUCUGUUGCUUCGUCUCCACCUUUGCAGCUCCGCCCCUCCUCCCGUUAAUACGGGACAACCUCAACCUCACCACCACCGACAUCGGCAACGCCGGCAUAGCCUCCGUGUCCGGAGCGGUCUUUGCCCGACUCGCCAUGGGCACCGCCUGUGACCUCAUCGGCCCCCGCCUCGCCUCCGCCUCCCUCACCCUCCUCACCGCCCCCGCCGUCUAUUUCACCUCCGUCAUCAACUCCGCCUCCUCGUACCUCCUCGUCCGGUUCUUCACCGGCUUCUCCCUCGCCUCCUUCGUCUCCACCCAGUUCUGGAUGAGCUCCAUGUUCUCUCCUCCCGUGGUGGGCGUCGCCAACGGGAUCGCCGGCGGCUGGGGGAACCUCGGCGGAGGCGCCACCCAGCUCAUCAUGCCCCUCGUCUACGACCUCAUCCACCACAUCGGCAGCACAAAUUUCACCGCUUGGCGCAUCGCCUUCUUCAUUCCCGGCUUCAUGCAGACGAUCUCGGCGAUCGCAGUCAUAGCCUUGGGCCAAGAUUUGCCUAACGGCAACUACCGGAAGCUGGAGAAGGCCGGGGACAAGCACAAGGACAGCUUCCGCAAGGUGUUCUACCAUGCCGUCACCAACUACAGGGGGUGGAUCUUGGCGUUGACCUACGGCUACUGCUUCGGGGUGGAGUUGACCAUCGACAACAUCGUCGCGGAGUACUUCUACGACAAGUUCAACGUCAACCUCCGCACCGCAGGGAUAAUCGCCGCGAGCUUUGGGCUGGCAAACAUCAUCUCGCGGCCGGGCGGAGGCUUGCUCUCAGAUUGGAUGUCGAGGAGAUACGGGAUGCGAGGGAGACUGUGGGGCUUGUGGGUGGUGCAGAUCGUGGGAGGAGUCUUGUGCAUCGUUCUGGGGCGAAUGAAUAACCUCAGCGCGUCCAUCAUCGUCAUGGUCUUGUUCUCCUUCUUCGUGCAGGCUGCGUGUGGGCUUACCUUCGGCGUCGUCCCUUUCGUCUCCAGAAGGUCUCUGGGAAUGAUAUCAGGGAUGACCGGCGGGGGAGGCAACGUGGGCGCCGUCAUCACGCAGCUCAUAUUCUUCAAGGGAAGCAAGUACUCCAAGGAAACAGGGAUCACUCUCAUGGGCGUCAUGAUCCUCUGCUGCACGCUCCCCAUCACACUCAUCUACUUCCCGCAGUGGGGCGGAUUGUUCUGCGGCCCAAGGCCGAAGGCCACCGCAGAAGAUUACUACGCAGCAGAAUGGAGUGAGGACGAGAAGGAAAGAGGGUACCACUCGGCAAGCGUCAAGUUUGCAGAGAAUAGCGUGAGGGAAGGAGGCCGAAGACGCGAUUCUUCGCCCGCUGUUCCUGCAGACGACACGCCUUCACAUGCUUGACCAUGCAAUCACUCUGGGAGCAGCCUACUGGACUUUGCUUCGAGAUGAUGUCCAUAGAUGUGAUCUUGGUAGUGGUCGAAACCAGCAUCCAUAGAUUACCAGAUGUUAUCUUGUUUUCCUCAGUCACAACAAAGCAAUGAGUAAAGCUAUAUUUCAACAUUAA